GUGACUCAUCACGUGAUACUGGUCACGUGAUACCUGCACAGAGACGGUGCGAGGCGGAAGGUUAAAAGAAAGGACGAAAACUGAGCUGAAUUGUAAAAAUGGACGAGGAGUGGUCCAGUGUUGUAGAGCAAGCGCUUCAAUAUGCAUCUCCACUUCCGGUUCUCGAAGUCACAUCAGCUGACACUUCCGGUACAGAAACUUCACAUGCAUGCAUUUCCGCUGUGACCAUGCCACAUUUUAAUUCAUUCAGAAAUGUACAACAAAACUCUAGCAUGUUAGAAACGCAUAAUAACUUAAAUGACAGCGGCGAUUUGCAACACAAUUCCGCGACUUCGUUACACCCACACAGUAUAGGCAGUGACGUCAUCAGUAAAGACAAUAAUAGUAACAGAUGUACCCAAACAUUCCUUGAUCUUGUAUCAGUUACAGAAGGAAAAGAUCAUUAUGAUGACGUCAUAACAAGCAAUAACUUACCCACCGACCAGACUGGCACUAUUUCCCACCACACGGGCAGCACCAUUUCCACAUCGACUAUUAACGAAGAGGCCCCUAGCAGCACUAACACUGGCACCGUGCCAAUUACUUCAAGCAUGUGCGAACCGUCCAUAGAGAGCGAAAGGAAUACGGAACCAAAAGUCAAAAAGACCAGAAAAAGAGUAAGGAACCCAGAUCCACCACCCGAGCCCAUCCUGCCCCCUUGCAGUGUUUGUGAUGAAAAGUCUUCCGGGUAUCACUAUGGGGCUAACACCUGCGAAGCUUGCAAGGGAUUUUUCAGAAGAACGCUUAAGAAGAAUGAAGUAAAUUACAAAUGUAAAUGUAAACCGGAUGAGAAGGAACAAUGGAAACGAGGCACCGUGAAAAAUGGCUGCGCAUCAUGUAGAUAUAAAAGAUGCGUAAGUGUAGGAAUGUCUAAAGACGCUAUUAAAAUAGGAAGAUAUACAUUGCAACACAAGACGGAAAACAUCAACCAAGUGAAGUCUGUAGAACCAGUAGAUAAAAUGAUAGAUGCUGCUAUGAUUUCUGAAAGUAGUCCGUCAUCAUCAUCCGGGAUAGAUAUAAGUUCCCCUGGUGACGUCACAAGCUCGAUUGAUGAUGUUCGAAUCGACGCCGUCACCAAAUUAUCUAUCCACCCAAGACGAUGUGGCUCCAUCACCUUCUAAAAAAGACAAAAUAGUGUGUAGACAGGAAAUUGUUACAUUAAAGGAAGUUGAGACGAUGGUGGCAGUCAUUACACAAGCUCAGACUAAAAUGGACUUUGACGACUACAGAUUACCUAUAGAAGUUAUCAAACAGAAACAAACAGAAUACUUGG